UUCUUUAUGUUUUAUAUAUCAUUUUGUCGCUUGUAAAAUUCUCUAUCGAAUGGUAUAUAAUAGUUGGGAUUUUGUUUGAGUAUGAUAGGGAAAAGUUUUUUACGAGAGCGGUGAUGGGUCGAUUUUCGCAUAGGAAAAAAUGAGUAUUUUUGCAAUAACUCAGGAACGGCUCGGCCAAUCAUGCUCAUCUUCGAACUCGACCGAGACAUUGUUAAGACUGAACUGUGUAGAAUAUUUCAUCGCGAUUGAACUCUCCUUUCAAAAGUUAUCGCGUAAACGGCCAGCCGGACACACUGACCGAUUCUAGAGUGUACUCACUUUUUGAGUACACAAAAAUCGAACUAUCAUUGACAUUUUUCUUUAAAAGCUAUGAGUUAAAGUUUUGAUUAUUUUUUUCUUCUCUUCAUAUUAUCUUUUAAUGUUAUGUAUGAUUCUAUACCAAUGAGAAUGUAAAAAUAAAUUUAUUUAAUAGCCUUGUCAUGUUGUGUAUACUGAUGUUCGACCAGUUCCUCUUCAUCAUUAUAUUUAUCCAGCUGGUGCCGAUGGUCUUCAUUUAGUUGUUGAUGAAAUGGGUAAAUUUCGUGAAGAUAAUUUUAGUUCAGCUAUGGCAACAUUACGUGAUGUUGGUGAUGCAGCAAAAGGUGAUAAACGAGGACGACGAGGUGGUUUAAAAACUGAAACAAAUGUAUUUAAAAUUGUUAAAAUGAUUAUGGAACGAAAUUUAGCACCAGUUAUUGUUUUUAGUUUUAGUAAAAAAGAUUGUGAAACAUAUGCAUGUGCAAUAGCAAAACUUGAUUUUAAUUCUGAGGAUGAAAAACAUCUUGUUGAAGAAGUAUUUAAUAAUGCUAUUGAUCUUUUAUCUGAUGAAGAUAAAAAAUUACCUCAAAUAAAUACUGUAUUACCAUUACUUAAAAAAGGUGUUGGUAUACAUCAUUCAGGUUUAUUACCAAUUAUAAAAGAAACAAUUGAAAUACUUUUUGGUGAAGGUCUUAUUAAAGCUUUAUUUGCAACAGAAACAUUUAGUAUGGGUUUAAAUAUGCCUGCUCGUACAGUACUUUUUACAGCUGCAAGAAAAUUCGAUGGAAAAGAAUUACGUUGGGUAAAUAUACAAAUAGGAAAAACAAAAAAAAUUCUCUUUAUUUUCAACGAUUUAUUAUUUUUUUUAAAAAAGUAUGAUAAAUAUUGA